GGCUUGGCGGGCCACGUCCGUCCCUCUGCUGGGCCAUGCUAACUUCUUCUGACUGAAGGUGGUACCAGGCACGGAGGACAAAGAGGACAUGGCAGAGCAAGGGAGGAUGGAACAGCUGUCUGAGCAACCUUGUUUUGCUGGUUUGUUGGCCACUGCCUUUGGCCUUGCUGCCAACGUCUUGGCGUCCAUCCAUCGAACGGUGAAGAAGCAUUCGCAGCCCGAGGGGAGACUGCCGAGAGCGCCAAGAAUGUGAUGUUCCUUGAAAUUCGACCAAACAUCUUUUGCGUGUCUGCAUCAGAUUUGAUCAGGCGUUGUGGCCGUGCUUAGAAUCUGUCUCCAUGUGAGCAACGCUGAGACUCUCGGCUGACAUCUGAAGCAACAGAUGGUUGACUUCGGGUGCAUGAAGGACCUCAUUGGCACAUUUGCGAUGUUGGAUGACUUGCAAUGCCUACGUGACCACGGGGACUUGCGCAGUGUGUCAGGAAGGCACCGUAAAGGAUCCCUUUCAGCAACUGCAAAAAGUUCAGACGGUCGGUGUUUGAAGGCAUUUUCGCCAAGAUUUUAGCUGUCUUGAGCCAAAGUUUCAGGGUGAAAAUUUGAAUGCUAAGCCGAAGCCCAGCCGUUGAAAUCAUGGCAUCCUUGCAAUGGAAUUCCAAAGCCACGACUCUAUCGCAGGGCGACUAACAAGACAUGCUGCACCAUAAAUUGUAAUCCAAAGGAGGUGGCACAAUUCAGCAUAGGUAUCUGGAGAUGACUUUGGGAAUGCUUCAGCCACUUCAUCCAUGAUUCCAAGUGCCAGUGCGGCCAGUCCCCCUUCCAUUUGCUUCUGCGAGCCAGGCUUGGCAGAUAGCUCAUAGUUGGCAAAAUCAAAAGGACUUUGGACUUGGCAUCAACUGUCCAAAGGUUUUCUGUGAAACGUGUAAAGUCAACUUGGCUGAAUUUUACAUCCUAAGUAAUCAAACUCUAUUGAUUGAAAGGUAUCGUGUCUUUUCUCAUAGAUGUUCACAGGAGAUGAGACCGUGUCGGAUUCACUUGGAUCAAUCCCAGGUUUAGAUGUUUUCACCAUGAGACUCUGUCACCGGGGCGUGCUUGUGAGCUGCAUGCCGAAAAAAUCGCAGCUUGUUCGUAGUCAAUAGCAGACUACAUGAGAUGGUCAGAAAAUGCAGACAUGCCGUACCUAUGAAAAAUAUCGAAGGAUACAAACAGAGUUUCUGAUCUCACGGCUGCAAGCUGUGCAGAGAUCCCAUCUGGUUUCCAAGUUGACAACUUGACAAUUCCCCUUAUUUUCACGCCUGAUUUGCGCGCCCGCAUCAUUUGCAUUCCAGUGAACAAAUCUUCCGAUUUCUAGCCUUGGGCGAUGCACUGAUGACCUGCUUCAACUGGCUCCCUUUGAAGCUUCCCGCAAACUUUUGCUAGUGGCCCAGCGCAAAUGCCUUUUUCCGGCCACAGCCUCUUCUUGGGAACCAUACUCAGUAACCACACUGCCAUUGACCAAAUGCUCCGAGUACUUUGUUUCAGGCAUCUCUCUCUGCAAGCCGUGCUACUUGUCUUCAAGCCAUUGAGGCAGGCACUCUUCCGGGUCCACUCACAAUCCCCGACACCUAAGACCUUAAGAUAGGUUAGACCAACGACGCCAGUUGCAAGCGGAAGACGGAUUUACCAUUCAAACAGCGUGCGUAUUCUUAGGACUUGGAGGUACGGAUAGUUCCAUUUCCGUACGUGCAAAGUUCGAGCUGAAAGUUGUGCGAAGCGAUGAGAGGAGGCACUCGUGUGUCUCACGCAUGCAAUGCAAGUGAAUACUGCUCGACUAACGUUGGAUUGGGUCGAUGCGUGGGAACAUAUUGGUCCUUUGGCCACAUGGUUGUUGGUCACUGCCUUCACGGUGCUGAAUUCUUGCGGGGUCCCGCAGGGCUUGGCCCAGUCCGUCCCUGACGCAGUCCGUUAUGGGAUGCACAUGUGGCACAGACCAGGCUUGUCUCCAAUGUGGACAUGGCACUGCCUGCAUGGUCAUGCUAGAAUCAUUGGAAUGAUUGGAAUGUGUCCCAAUGGUAUUCCAAUGGUUUCCUUGUCAAGUCAGUGGAGACCUUCCGAAAUCAAAAACGUCAGAAAUGAGGGCAGAGCCAUGGCCAGGGUUUUGCUGAUUGCAUAAUCUUGCUUUUGUGAAGGCUCUGACAGGGCCCCGGGCAAGCUGCGAUGACAGGUUUGAUGAUGCCAUUGCCGCAGUACCAGUGUUGACGGCUCUGGUGGUAAGUCGGUCCUUGUGCCCUCGUGUCCCUGUGAACCUGUCAGCGGCCACUUGCCUAAAAAUAUGUCCUACAGGCUUGUAUAGUCAGACAAAUUUGAACUAAAGAUCCCAGCCUCAGGGUGAAAGGCAAGAUUCCCCUGUUUGUUUUUGAACUUAUAUCGUGCCCCCUUGUUCAACAAGUUGAAGGUGUAAGGUCUGUUAGGUGAGCAAAGACUGUUGACUCCAUGCAAGGGAUCACCGCUUGACUGGCUAGACCUUGACUUAAAAGGGCUAGACUUUGCUCCCUUGACGUUCCAGAUUAUGGAAGACAUGUAACUCUCCUAGUCGCUUAGCCAGAUUUUCUCAUUCUGGAUAAGCUGUGCCUGUGCAGAAAGCUUUUCGUCGAAGAAAUAGUGUGACUGCGGUUGGAGUCGAGAUGAGAAUACUCGUAGUAUGUUAUUUACUGAAGCCAAAACUGAUCGCACGGCUGGCCAUGAAUGGCGGGAAACCGGCAAAAACCUCAAAUGUAUUUUGUGCGGGUGCGAAUUGAAAUAUUAUAUGAAGCUUGAGAAGCUGAAAGUGUCCAUGGCGCUCCGGUGCACUGGUGGGGUUCGCGUUGUUGUUUCUGGUUCUGGCCUGCACCCUCACACUAUGACCCUUGAGAGGGGCCGUAAAUAUGUUUGUCAGCUUUGCCGGGGGCAAUAUACCGCAGGUGGCAAGUUGAGUUUUUGACGUUCCAGAUUAUGGAAGACAUGUAACUCUCCUAGUCGCUUAGCCAGAUUUUCUCAUUCUGGAUAAGCUGUGCCUGUGCAGAAAGCUUUUCGUC